AUGCUCAUCGAAAUACAUAGUAGGCUGCUGCAGCCAAAGGUAUGGAGAUUUGUGUGUUUUGUUUCAUCGAUUGUUGGACUUGUCUGUUAUGCUUUGAGCUCUUCUUUCAAUCAUUUAUGUGGCGCUUGGAAGUGGUGGAAGAUCUUUUUCUAUAUUAGUUUUAGUUUCUUCAUCUCCCUUUCCACCUUAUUUGCAAAGGCAUGGGAGUGCUCCAACUCUCCCUGUUUGGAGGCUCACACAGCCUUCUUGGUUUUGCUCAUAACUUCUGUGUACACCUUUUUCUAUGAUAAACAAGUCACAGAGAAACCAGAUGCAUAUGGUCUGGUUUCGUGUGCAGCAUUCGCUAUCAUGUCACUAGCCUUGUCAAGACUCAGUCACUUUGGAUUUAAGGUCGAUCUUCUAUAUUUUUUCAGUGGAUUUCUGACAGUACAACUCAUGAAAAUAAAAUUAUGGUUAGUAAUUGUAGGAGGAGGUUUCAGUUAUUCCCUCAUCAUUCUUCGUUCGGCCUUGGAUGCUUCAGCCAGAACUGGGUAUGUUGGACUCCAUGUCAAUGAUCACGUAGUCAUUGAAAUUGGUUCACACUCACAAAGAACAAGCCGCAAUUUUUCACAAGUUGGUUCACCUCAAAUUAUUACCACUGUUGUUGGUCAUUCCCUCGUCAUGCCGCAAGACGUUGUUGUCUCUGAAGGAGAUGAGGAUUCAGGAUUCAUGGUCACUCAAGGCAAAGAUGACAGUAACAAAAGUAUCAUGGCACGAUUCAUGGAAUGUAUAGAGGUGCUUAAGAAGGAGAAUGAGACCCUUAUCAGCACAAUUUCCAAGCACGUAGAUGGAUACCUUAAAGCUAAUGUGGUCAACAAGAUUCCAACGGUGGAACUCCAUGCUGACAACAACUUGGUGGUUGAUGCAUUGCCUGCUGGAAUCACCAACGACCUUCACGAAGCCGUGUGGCUGAUACUGGCUGAAGGGUUUGAGGAGGAUUGUUGCAGAGCAUACUAUACUUGCCGAAGGGAGUUUCUGAAAAAGUGUUUAUGGACUUUUUGGUUGCAAAUGCAAGAGCUUUGCAUGAAGGACAUUGAUAAGAUGGAGAAGAUUGAGAGNUGGUUAACAAAGGUUUUGUAUGUAGUUGAUAGUGUACUCCUUCCCAAUGAAAGGACACUCUGUGAUCGCAUCUUUAAAGGAGUCUAUUCCCCUGGGGAUUUUGCUUUCACUAUGGUUUGUAGAGAAUUGAAUAUUUGUUUGGUUCGCAUUGCCAAUCACUUGGCAACUAUUCUAGAGUGUAAAAAUUUUACAUAUUAUGAGGGUGGUGAGCUUCAUCCUAAUAUCUGUGAAUUGAUGCACAAAUUUCGUUAUGUUUGCACACAAAGGGAUGAUAGAUCUAGGCAAGGAUUAGAAGAAUACACCAUGUUUGAUAAGGAGGGAAAGCUUUCACCGUCAGUGAAUGUGGUCAGGAUAAUAGCAACACCCUGA